CCUCGCAGGGGCGGGGAGGUGGGGCGCCGAGGGGCGGGACUGUCCCUUAAAGGGCCCCGGGCCGCUGCCCUUAGGCCACUUCCUGGGGGCGGAGAGGAUCUCAGCAGCUGCGGCGACACCCAGGGAAGGCAGUUGCGUCUGAGUCCCGAGACUCCCGGCUGCUUCCAUCAGAGUCCUCGGAAACUCCCGGUUCGGCCCGAGCGUACACGGUGGCCCCCCAGCUGACCCAGGGCCGCUCCGCCAUCCUCUCGGAUCAGCUCCGCCUCCAUCUCCUGGGACCCGAGACCCGAGCCUGGCCAGGCCUCUGGCUGAUUCCCCAGAGCCCUGAGUGGACUCGCCCACGGCGACAGCCAUCUGCCCAGGAAUUCGGAAGCUGGGGGCUUGAAGAGUCCACCCUGUGUUCGCCAACGUCACCUGCUGGUUGGAUUCUGGAAACCCUGUCUGAAGACCACAGAAAGGAAUCGCUGACCACCCAGAAUCAGAUACGUCUGCACUGAAGGCUCCCCUUCCCUCUCGGGCUGCCUUCUGCUCUUUUCAUCUGUUCUCUCAACCUGUCGGGGGGCUUCUGUGCCCUGAAAUCAGCCCCCACUACCACCGAGGUAGCUGGGGUGAACGCCAAACUCGCUGCCUUUUACUCCAAACUGUGCCUCCACCCCAGAGCGUCUGAACGUUAAGACCCAAUUCUGCAUAACUCCAGGGAAGUUCUGCCUUUUCUUCUCUUGGUGUCUCCUGAACGCCCCAAAAUUUCCCCUCCUCCUGUACCCUCUUCGCCCCCCUCCUUUGGGGGCCCCGUGACCCUGAAUGUGGGGGGCACGCUCUAUUCCACCACUUUGGAGACCCUGACCCGCUUCCCAGACUCCAUGCUGGGGGCCAUGUUUAGGGCUGGCACUCCCAUCCCCCCGAACCUCAACCCCCAAGGAGGUGGCCACUAUUUCAUUGACCGCGAUGGCAAAGCCUUCCGCCACAUCCUCAAUUUCCUGCGGCUGGGCCGCCUGGACCUGCCCCGUGGGUAUGGAGAGACAGCCCUUCUCAGGGCAGAGGCUGACUUCUACCAGAUCCGGCCCCUUCUGGACGCCCUACGGGAACUGGAGGCCUCUCGGGGCACCCCUGCACCCACAGCUGCCCUGCUGCAUGCAGACGUGGACGUCAGCCCCCGCCUGGUGCACUUCUCUGCUCGCCGUGGUCCGCACCAUUAUGAGCUGAGCUCGGUCCAGGUGGACACCUUCCGAGCCAACCUCUUCUGCACCGACCCUGAGUGCCUGGGUGCCAUGCGGGCCCGAUUUGGUGUGGCCAGUGGGGACAGAGCAGAAGGAGGCCCGCAUUUUCACCUGGAAUGGGCCCCUCGCCCCGUGGAACUCCCUGAGGUGGAGUAUCAGAGACUGGGGCUGCAGCCCCUGUGGACUGGGGGGCCAGGGGAACGGAGGGAAGUGGUGGGCACCCCAAGCUUCCUGGAGGAGGUGCUGCGGGUGGCUCUGGAGCAUGGCUUCCGCCUAGACUCCGUCUUCCCUGACCCCGAAGACCUGCUCAAUUCCCGAUCUCUGCGCUUCGUCCGGCACUGAAGAUGCUGCCCUGUUUGACUUGUGGGAGGAGAGGCAGUGGGGCAGCCCAGGGGGCUCUGCCUUGGGAGCUAUGAGAGUCAGGGGUCUCGCUGCACCUGACUGGAGCCCAGAUGUGGGCGAGAAUUCCCAAACCUGAGGGUCACAAGUUGUCCAGAGGACUGGACUGUGCUGGCCCAGGGAGGGUCAGGGGAAGUUCCCUCGGCUUGUUUGUACGGGAGGCUGGUGACCUCCAGUGUCUCUUUGGUGGGAACUCAGUAUUCAGGGGUCUGGAAAAGUGAAGGGACGAGCCAGGUGGCAUGGUUGAGGUGCUGAAUCCCACAUGGCUGACUGUUUCGGGCCCCAGACCCAGCGACUUGAAAAACAUGCUGACAUGUGCGUGGGUGCCCAA